GUGAACCUCGCGUCGGUUUCCUUGUCCGGGUGGGAAAAGUGCCGAUUUUAUCGGUUUUGUUCUCCGUCAACGGCCUCGUCGUUCGAGAACGUCAAUCCGCCCUUCGGUAAACGAUCUCCAAGUGCAACGCAGGAAACGCGGCAACCGAAGGAAAAGCGUGCGAGUGUGUCUGUCGCGUCAAGUUUCCAGAACAAAGGCCACGAGUUCGCCGUUUGCCACUGCUAGGGUGGAGGAAAAUAAAUUUCCAACCCAUCGAGUCAGCUCAGUCACUCAGCGGUUCAUCAGUCUCAGAGUAAAUUUUCGAGUGUUUCAGCUUUGAAGAGUGCAGAGUGUGUAUAAAGCUAGUGGCUCGUAAAAAGGAAAACGAUAUUGCGAAAAAUUUGCAGCUGAGCUAAGAUAUAAAAAAAAAGUGAAACAGAGUGAGUGAGCAGUGAGUUUCCAUCUGCAGCUGAUCGGUGAGAAAUUGAAGCAAGGAUUAGUCGCUGGCGCCAUGGCGGACACCUACGAUGAAUAUGAAGAAACGCACACCGUUACGAGGAAUUCGGUGACCACCUUCAAGAUUGAGGAAACAUCAUCCUCGACCACCACCAAAACCAUCACAACACCCGCUAAGCUUUACGGCAAAGACCUCGGGGCCUACGAUGAUGUCGACGUGGACGAACUACUGGCACAGCUUUCUCCGGAGGAGAUUUCCAUGCUGGCCAAAGAGGUCGAUCCAGAUGAUUCCUUUUUGCCACCAAGCCAGAGAACUAACUACGAAUGUACCAAGGAGGCAACCGGUCCGCUAAACCGAAAGAAAUUGAUAGAUCACAUCAAUAAGCAGGCAAUGGAAACGCCGGAUCAACCUGAAUUGGAACCCUUCGUCCCGGGAUUGGUUCGUGGCAAAAAGUGGGUUCCACCGCCAAUGGAGAAGAAGAUGCAGGAGGCCGCGGAACAGAUCGCCAUCGACAUGGGUGAUGAAUACGAGCAAGCACUGAACGAUGCCACCCAGGAGGAAAUUAUCGAUUUGGCUGCCAUUCUCGGUUUCCACUCGAUGAUGAACCAAGAUCAGUACCACGCAUCGUUGCUCAACAAGGGUCAACCGGUGGGGCUCGGUUGGGACGGUAUCACAAAGUCGUCGAUUCAGAAAGUUUACCCCGCGGAAAAACCCAACAUGACCGAUCCAGAGGAGACGAUCAAGAGAAUAAAGGACGACGACAGCAAGCUGGUCGAUGCGAACCUUAACAAUAUUAAGACCAUCUCCGACGAGCAGUACGAGAAGAUGUUCGCUGCCCUUCAGAGCAACACUCACCUGGAGGUGCUCUCGUUGACCAACGUUGGCCUGACCGAUCGCACUGCCCUACUGCUAGCCAGCGCGAUCGAACGCAACCACACCCUGCGGGUACUGAACGUCGAAACCAACUUCAUCAGCCCACCGGUGAUCGUGACCCUUGUGAAAGCCCUGCUCAAACAGAUGACCAUCGAGGAGUUCCGAGCUUCCAAUCAGCGAUCGCAAGUUCUGGGUAACAAAAUCGAGAUGGAAAUCACCGAUCUGGUGGAGAAAAACACGACCCUGUUACGGCUAGGUCUGCAUCUGGAGUUCAACGAUGCCCGCCAUCGAGUGGCGGCUCAUUUGCAGCGUAACAUCGAUAGAAUCCGUGUCGAUAAGAAAGAUGGCCGAUCGUCACGUGGCAGCUUCUACCGACCGCAGUACGUCGAAGAACGAAUGGAUGAGCUCGAGGACGUUGACGAAGAGGAAGAAGAAGAGGUUCACGAGGUACCUCAGGACUAUGACGUGGAAGAGGAUCCGGACAAUAUCGUCAUCCGCCCGCCGCCAUCCGACGACGAGGAUAUGUAAUGACAAUGUCAAGAGAAAGCGAUUCGCUCUUUGUUUUCGUUUCAAAAUUUUGCCGCUUAGCACUUAUGCACUCACGCUGCUAGUUUUCGCAUCCUAAACUUUAGUGUUUAACCAAUAAGUCAAGAAGAAAGCAAGGCUGAAAAACAAUCCGGAAAUCCAAUGUAAAUUAGCAAAGCUCGUAAAUCACCUUGGCGAAUGGCUAAGAACGUUAUUUAAUAGAUACACGAUACACUCUUUCUUAAUGACUAUUUUGUAAUGUAAUCAGGAUACUACCGAAUCAAAAGGCAGGACUAAUUUUAAAUCAACUAGUUAAAGAUUGAAGAGAUUGAAAGUAAGCAAAAUAGGGAACUUUUCGCUUGGCGGUUGUACGACUUCUUUCCGGUUUGAAUGAAGCGAAAAGUAAGAGUAUAAAUAUUUUCAGCACGAAGGAAAGGAGUCGAAUUUAUUAAUAAAUUGGAAGGAGAGAAAGUUUGUUUUUUUAUUCUUACUCCCUUGUGUGUAUACAAUGUAAUUGCAGGGAGGAAAGUAAAGAGUGGGGGGGAAUUGUUGCAAUUAAAACUUCUUUGUUACGCUAAAGUCAUAAAAGUUAGUUAGCCAAUAGGAGAGCAGAGCUAUUGAAAUGAUCUAGGUUAGGACAGCAACAUCAUCAGUUUCAUCAUCGUCUCAUUUGCAUGAAGCAGAAACGGAGGUGUAGGAGUAACAACCUCAGCAACUUCAUCCAGAUUCAGUACGAUGUCAACGAUUUUUCUUUAUCAAUGUGAAAUUCAUCCGUGAUCCCGCUAAUCAUCGUCGAUGAGUCAUAACUGUCACUUUUGUGCAUUGUAACCUCGUCUUUCGUCCUGGAAAAUGUAAGAGUUUCGGUUGUCAUCGACUAGUGAAACGCCAUCUAUUUCCGUCUUUGGGGAUGGAAGUCGUUGGAGUCGAGAAAGGCUGAAAAAAUACGCCAAACCCGUCUGAAUCAGCGCAAGUAAAUUUGGAAACUGCCGCGUCAAAAUAGACGACUGUUACAAAUUCAAAACAACACAUUAAAACACAUACAAACAUAGAUAUUUAUUCGGAUAACAAACCCACGCAACAACAAAACAAACGUCGAUACGUAUGCUUAAUGUCUGUUAUGCGUGUGAGCUUCUGUGUACGAUCUAUGUGUGCUCGUUGACGCGUAUGUUUGUGUAACACACCAUCCAACCAACACAUACACCAAAACUCCUACAUGAUCAACCAACCAACAACACCCGAAAUCCCAUCGAUAUCCCGAAAAACCCGCAAAUACUUCGUCAGCCUCUCAACUUCUAUGUUAAAUGUUGAAACUCCAUCAAGGAACAACGGAACCGAAAAAGUGAUGGAAAAUCUUCCGUGGUAGCCGCGUUGGUCUAGGAAAUCGCAGUAACACCGCUGGGUUCUUCCGUGGCUGAAGUUCAACCAUCAUUUUGAAAACUCCGUAAAGACGUAGCAGCACAUACACAUAAACACACAGAUCGUACGAUACCAUUCGCUAAUGCUUGCAAACAUUUGGCUCCUCAACCGCAGCAGAAAUCGAGAAGGUGCUUAUAUCCCAGUGUUGCAAAUGUUGGUUCAUUUUACCCUUGACGAUUACCGACCAAUCGGCUUUACCCCAAGUAGUACCAAACGUGCUGAUUCAAACAACGAUUUGCAUGAAAUCCUAGUUUCGAGAAGAAGAAGAACAAAAACAAUUCACAUGAUAUAUGAUGAUACCCUAUUACUGUAGUGUAAGAUUAGAUUGUAAUUGAGAUAGAUACUAUUUAGGAAUCCCCGUUGGCGUAUAUUUUCAUCCUUGUCGCUUUUAACAUUAUGAAGAUUGCAAUCGAUGAUUACCUUAACUCUUUUAUUUUAUACAAUUUAUUCUAACUUAUAAAACAGAGGACAAACAAACAUCUUUUACUUUAAACUAUUUUAACCGAUUAGUUGAAUAAUUUCAUUGUAAUUAUGAUAGAAUCAACAAAUAAUGAGAAAAUUGUAAAUUUAUCGGGGAAAUCAAUUUCUAUACUGAAAGAAAAACACUGCCCGGUCAAUGCUUCGAAAACCUUGUGCGAAAAUUGUGAUUAUCAGCUUUGAGGAAA